AUGUUCUGGUCGCACGCCUUCCACGAAGUUGUCAACUAUACCAUCGCGCAACGGAUUAAGAAUUACUACGAUAUCGUAAAUGCUGCCCCAGAGAGGGAUACGGCUGUUGAACUCGGGAUGGCUUUUGAUGGCUUUGACAAGGGCCCCGUAGAUCAAGAAAAGAUUAAGUCUAUUGUCAAUUUGACGGAUUGCAUGUUUGCCCACCGUACAGAAAUGCAGAUGUUAGCCCCAUCUGGGCAAUCCCUUGAUCCUAACCAAGAAUAUCUCUUUCAAGACUAUCGCAAUUUUGCGCGGCGCUCAGUGGAGAAGUACUUCAAGGUCAGCGAGGAUGAGAAAGAAGAGUAUGAAGACGAUGACGAUGAAUUCCUGUCUUUGCCAAAGGCGAUAUGUCUGCUGCAUGAUUUCUUACUUGUAGCACGAACCCCCGGGUCCUCCGCAGAGACUACCACGAGCGAUCAGAUUGCUGCUUUGAUACCGGAGAUGAGAGAGAAAACACAGAAUUAG